CGCUCAGUAGAAAUAAUUCAACAGUUUUUAAUAAUAUUCUUUUAAUUUUGUGAAGAUUUUUUACUGAUACAUAUGUAAAGAAAUAUUUUUAUUAAUAUUAUAUUGAUAGAAGAUUUAUAUUAAAAAAAUUAAUAAUGACUAACGGAGCAACUUCUUCGCAAACUAUAACAUAUGCAGAUCAGUUAUCAUCAUCAGUAAUAUCGCUAGUUUGCAGAAUUUGUUACGACACAGAGAAAGAUGAAGAUUUGAUCACUCCUUGCAACUGCAAAGGAACUGUAGCAUUUGUACAUCGAUCAUGCCUUGAAACCUGGUUGGGAGAAUCAAAUACAACGACAUGCGAAUUAUGCCAUCAAGUUUUUAAUACUGAAAGAAUUCCGAGGUUCUCAUCAGCAGCAUCCAUCUGGUUUUGGUGUUGGAGGAAUAAUGGUACAUCCCAAGAAGUUAGAAGUGAUGUUUUAGCAUGUACUAUCAUCACACCUUUGACGGUUAUAAUUACUUAUGUUUGUUUGUUCUCUUCGGAAUAUUACAAUCAAAUAAAAUUUUCCAGUGUACCUGCAGCUCGAUGGACCUCUGUAUCCUUAUUAGUAAUGAUUGGAAUCAUGCUCAUAGGUUAUUACAUGUGGGUCUAUUCUGCAAUCCGGAUGCAUGCUAGGAGAUGGUAUAAUUGGUGGCAAAGAACUUGCAACGUACGGUAUAUCGCACCAGGUCCAGCUAUAAUGAUUACUAGAGAACACACAAGCAUACAAAUAAUAAAUGAAAGAUUAAGUGGUAUCGAAUUAGUUCACAUAGAGGAUGACAGACCGAGUGUUGUAACAAAUAUAGAAAAAUCAACCUUAAGCGAUGAAACCACUCUUUAAGCCUUUUGUUUGUAAGGGUUCUAUAGUAAAGUAAAAUGAGAUAAGAAGGUUUUUCAUUCUAAAUCAAUAGAAAAUGAAAUGCAUUUGCAUAGUGUCUCUAUCUGCAUUAUGUUGUUACGUAUGUUACGUUGGAAAUGGAGUGUAAAUAGGGAAGGUAUCGAUGCCUAUAACGAUCUUUCCAAUCCUAUCUUCUCAAGGAAGUGCAGGAUUUAGAGUGGCUUCAGGUUAGGUAAAUCUCCCUUUCUAUUUGAUAUGCUUCCAGGUAUAGUGUAA